GGGAGUGUGAGCACGCAGCUCCUGCUGUGGGAGGGGUGCCCUGAGUUUCCUGGCCCCGUGAGAGAGAAUCAGGUUUGGGGGCUGGGGUGGAGUGGGAGGGGCCCCUCGAGAGGGAAACGGCUCCGUGGUGGAGCAGCUGAGGUGCAGCUGGGCCUGUGGCCUGGGAGGCAGUCUUGUGGGUGCCUCCUCCCCCAGCCCACACCUCAGGUCUGCAGCUGUGUCCUGCCUCCUCUCAGGUGGGCCAUGGCCGGGACUUGGCUGCUGCUUCUCCUGGCCCUCGGGUGUCCAGCCCUGCCAACAGAUCACGUUUCCUUGCCUUCCUCCCCAGAGGCAACCUCUUUCCUGAGGCUGGCACAACAAGGUGUGGGCAGCACACCCUUCCCCUCUCUGGCCCCCCCAAUCACACUGCUGGUGGACGGGAAGCAGCAGAUGCUGGUGGUCUGCCUGGUCCUUGAUGUUGCUCCCCCUGGCCUUGAAAGCCCCAUCUGGUUCUCAGCUGGCAAUGGCAGUGCACUGGAUGCCUUCACCUACGGCCCUUCCCCAGCCUCGGACGGUACCUGGACUAGCCUGGCCCAGCUGUCCCUGCCUUCUGACGAGCUGGCAUCCUGGGAAACCUUGGUCUGCCACACCGGGGCUGGGGCUGGGGACCGCAGCCAGAGCACGCAGCCCCUACUGCUGUCAGGAGAGAUUCCCUCAGCUAGGACCUGCCUCUGGGAACCCCUUAGAGGGACUCCCGACGAGGUGCUGCGGCUCGGGGCGUUGCGGCUGCUGCUGUUCAAGCUGCUGCUAUUUGACCUGCUCCUGACCUGCAGCCGCCUCCGCGCCCAAACCGCCGCCUGGGGGCACCCGCCUGGGGAGUCCCGCCCGCUGGACCCCGGCUUCUCCACCCGCGCCCUGGGCCCGCAGUGUCGGCCGCUAGCAGAACCCUGCGCUCGCACCGACUGGAGUCACCGCAGUGAAAGGGGCAUCGCAGGCCAAGGGCAGCCUGGGGCUGGCCGUAGGGUUCACACCUGCCCUCCGGGUCCCGGUCCGCAUCCCAGCAGGAGCCCAGUCUGGGAGGAGGGGGCACUCUCCACCCACCCAGCCUGGGCCUGGUGCUCAGGACCCGCGCCCAGGUUCCCUACCUCCUGCCUUGGAAGAUUUGUGUGUGACCUGUCUCCUCCCGCAGCCCGGAACUUCCUGGGGGCGAGGCUGUCUCCACCUUCCGACGGAGACCCUUCUGAGAGAAAAAGCUGCAUGUCUCUCAUCAGACUGGGAGCCCCUGGAGGGCUGUGACUGACCCAGGCACUGGGACCUGUGAGGUGAGAACUAUUAAAGGAGAAUUUAAGCGGCACAAGCAAAUUAAAGAAUAUAUAUAUGUAUUUUAAUUCAUGUCUUCUCUGGGAGGAGGGAAUUUAGCAGAUUUCGAGGGGGCAGAAAUCUGGGAAGGCUGCCCUGGGGAAGAGGGUUUACUGAGGGCAAGACCCUAGGAAUUGCAGAGUGGGGCUAGGGGUUGAGGAGGACUCUAUCCCUCCUCUGUCUCCUUGCGCCACAGCCAGGCAUGGGACAAGGCCCCUUCUGUCUCCUCACCCUGGCCCAACGCAUCGCCUUGAGAGGUCAGGGCAAGGAGCCCAGGAAGCCAUGAACAGGGCCAGGAUCCCAGAGUAACGGGAGUCUGUCCAAUGCCAAGAGCUCUGAUGGUAAUUCCAAACUUACACAUUAUGAAUCAGUUAAGGGUCAUUACUCAUUUCACAAACAUUCACUGAGCAACGACUCUGAGCCAGGCACUACAGAGGUUUUUGUUUUGUUUUGUUUCCUAAAGAGGGCUUUUGCACUGACAGACUAUGAGGCUCCCAGAGUGGAGUGUAACCUGCGUGUCCCACGUUUCUCCAGCACUGCCAGGAAAUCCAGCCUUUCCCAGAGGUUCCUCUCAGUAACCAGCCCCAGAAUCUCUGGGUGCUUUCACGUGAAUCUAUAUGUCCCCUGGGCAACACAGGACAUCUACUGGAUAAAUGGUGCUACCUUCACCUUCCCCCAAGGUGUAGGA